UUUUCCUUGCUGGACAUCUCAUCCCUUCACUCGAAUUUGAUGUCUGUCCUGCUGGCAAGAAACAACCGAUUGUCACCGUGAAGAGCCGCUGGAGACCACGCCAGUGCGGACGGGACUCUUCUGACAAGACCCACGCGCCAGCACACAAACAUCCAGCAUGAAAGUGAGACCCCUGGAUUAGCCCACACCCAACCAGGCAGCAUCUGAGUGGAAUCUGGGCCUGGAAGAGGCUAAGGCAACUGCAGUCAUCAGCUGAACUUUCUCUUGGAGGGUGUUCCUUUUCCCUUAUAUGGCUACAGAGCUGAGAAAUCAUUUGAAUUAGUCUGGUUUCUGCUGCAUGCCUGUCUGGUUUUAGUGCUGACGGAGUUCCAUCUGCUGUGUUUCUGUCUCUGCUUGCUGUGCAUGUGUGUGUGUGUGUGUGUGGGAGCCGUGUGUGUGGCUCCAUUUGUUUAUUUUGCCGUCUCAGUUCUUCUUUUCCUGUUGUUUGCAUGUGGGGCUUUUGUUUGGGGACAAGAGGAGCGCUUGUGUUUGUGGUAAAGCUAGAGGCAGCGUCACAGCCUCAGGGCUGACUGCUUCAUUCAGACUCUUGCUGUUUUUCCUCUACCUCCUGUCGCCCCCCCCUACCGCUGUGAUGGUCUGUGUUUGUUGGAGCAACACACCCACCUGGGUGCAGAAAACUGCAACCGAAGACUGAAGCAGGGGCUCAGCACUGGACGCUGUUAUCAGAAAGGUGGACUGGAACUUCAGGCGAGAAGCAGGGUGUUGUAACAGUGGACUAAUCUCACCAUCAGCUGCAUCUGCUUCUUUCCUCGUACGGUGCAAACAGGAUGUGUGACCCACAAGGAGCCAAUAGGUGCACAGGAAAUGCCAGCUGAUACAAACAGGGGGGUUGGGUUCGUCAGUUUGACACACUUUGAUCAUGAAGAAAAAGGCCGUGGCCACCAGGAGCACUUGAAUGGACUGCUCGUCAGGUUCCUCGACUCACGUGGAUGACUUUUAUGACCGUAUCGCUCGACGUUGAUCGCCAUGGCGACGGCGGCGUGGUAUCAUCGUGACAUCAGCCGCGUGCACGCAGAGGACCAGCUGGCACGGGCAGGGAGGGAUGGCAGCUACCUAGUGAGAGACAGCGAGUCUGUGCCAGGAGCCUACGCAUUGUGCCUGCUGUUCCAGCGUCAUGUUCACACCUAUCGAAUUCUCCCUGACGCCGACGGCCUCCUCGCAGUCCAGACAACACAGGGGGUGCAGGUGAACUGUUUCCGGACACUGGAGGACUUGGUGUUGGGAUACCAGUAUCCACACAAAGGCCUUGUCACGCCGCUGCUCUACCCUGUUCCCCGUGACAUCGACACGGGGGAUGAGAGCUCAGAUGAUGAGAAGCCGCCUGCCGUGUCUGCCUCAGUCAGCUCGUCGCUUUCAUCAGGACCACCAGCUAAACCAGGCCCCCCCGCCCCAUUCCUUGAUAAAUUACAGGAGCUGAACACAUCCAGUACUGCAGGUGACCUGAUGGGUCUGCUCAAUGACUACCUCUUCAGUGAGCUCCCUCUCGACAUCGACAAUGUGCAUAAAGGGGCAACAACUCUAUGCCAUCUCAAACGUACUCUGGGUAACGCCUGCCAGGGCCUCAACAGUGAGAUUGACCUGACUCUCUCAAGUCUAGAAACCCUGGCCAAGGUGUUCGACCAUCCGAGCUGCUCUCUGACACAAAACAAGGCACAGGGCCCCGAGAUGGACAUAGACACCUUGUUGUGUAAGAUCUCAGCGCUGGUCAGCCUCCUUUCUUCACUGGAGAAAAAGGUGUUAAAAGCGCUUCAAGACGCUGUGACCAAUCACAAUCUGGCAGUCCAGCCCGCUCCCCCCCCACCUGAACCAGCCCCCAUCAGCAGGGCACCUGUAAAGAACCAUGCCCGACAGAUGCCAGUUCACUCCUUUCAGGUGAAGAUGGUGCGGUACGGCAGACAGACAGUUUCUGUUGAUGUGGACACAGGAAUGCUGCUUUUUGACAGAAAAGCCGGAUCAUUCACCGUCGAAAAGGUCUCACAUGACAGAAUUCUCCAGAUUGUCAAGUUCCAGAGCAGCCCAGCCAAGGUGUGCAUGGUGGUGGACAGUCACCACAACACACCGAGGGAGAUGACGUUUGAGAGCGCACGGAAACGCGACUCCUUCUGCCAGCUCCUCCAGAUGAUGAAAACCAGACACUCUCAGCUGAGUGAGCCUGACAUGGUCUCUGUGUUUGUUGGCACCUGGAACAUGGGUGGAUCCCCUCCUCCUCGCAGCCUGCAGACGUGGGUGACCUGCUGUGGUCUGGGUCACACCCCCGACGAGUCCACCGCCCUGCUCCCUCACGACAUCUACGCCCUGGGGACCCAGGAAAACCCUCAGGGCGAGAGAGAGUGGAUUGAGCAUAUCAAAGCAACCCUUCGCAGCUACACUCACAUUGACUUCAAACAGGUGGCAGUACAGUCCCUCUGGAAUAUGCGUCUGGCUGUGUUUGUGAAGCCGGACCAUGAAGGUCGCAUCAUCCAUGUGAACACAGCCAGUGUGAAGACCGGCCUGGGGAACGCAUUAGGAAACAAGGGAGCUGUUGGGGUCUCGUUCCUCUUCAAUGGAACAUCUUUUGGUUUUGUUAACUGUCACCUGACUUCUGGAAGUGAGAAGGUCCUGAGGAGGAACCAGAACUUCGUGGACGUCCUCCGGCUCCUCUCUCUAGGCGACAAACAGCUCGGUGCUUUUGACAUCAGCCUGCGCUUCUCUCAUCUCUUCUGGUGCGGAGACCUCAACUACAGACUCGACCUAGACGUACAGGACAUCCUGAAACAUGUGUCUAAGAGAGAGUUCGAGGAGCUCAUGUGUGCGGACCAGCUCACCCGGGAGAGACACAAGAGGAAGGCCUUCCUCAAUUUCAAGGAGGAAAAGAUUGCGUUUCCACCCACCUAUCGGUAUGAGCGGGGCUCCAGAGACUGCUACCUGUGGCAAAAGUACAAGACUUCAGGGGUGCGGGUCAACGUGCCGUCUUGGUGCGACAGGAUUCUGGUGAAGUCCUAUCCAGAGACGCACAUCAUUUGCACGGCAUAUGGUUGCACAGAUGACAUCUUCUCAAGCGAUCACUCGCCUGUUUUCGCCACGUUCCAAGUGGGAGUGACGUCACGGCUCAGCUUCAAAACAGAUCCGAACCCCGGCACGGAGAGGGCCUGGAUAGAGCUGGAGGGCGUGGAGGCCAUUGUGAAGACUGCAAGCAAAGCAAAGUUCUUCAUCGAGUUUCAUUCAACUUGCCUUGAAGAGACGCGGCGCUCGAGUGAGAACGACUCGCAGAGCUGCGAUGUCCCUGGGUUCCUGAAACUCGGCUGGUCCUUCAAACAGCUGCCGAAGCUUCUCCCGGUCCUGUCUGACAUGGAGUACCUUCAGGACCAGCACCUGCUGCUGUCUGUCAAGUCAUGUGACGGGUUUGAGUCAUACGGUGAAUGCUGUGUAGCUCUGCGCUCACUCACACGCGCAGCAGAGCAGUUUGAGACGUUCCUGAGCCACCGAGGUGAAGAGAUGGGCUCCAUAAGAGGACGCGUCAGGGUCCACGUGCCCAAGGACAGGCGGGCAACGCGGGAGAGGAUCUAUGAGUGGUUCUGUUUUGAGAAAGAUGAUAAACGGCCUCUGAGGGGACACAUGUCUCCAGCUUCGACACAGGUCCAGAUAAAUAGGUCCACUCCAGUUCCUCCUAAACUGACUCCGAGCAGCUACACCAACCCGGCCUACUUCAUCUUCGAAGGCGUGUCGGUGGCACGCAGGGUGGAGGAGGCCCCCCCCCAGCAAAGAGACCCUCAGGUCAUCUGGUCUGGUAACGAGGCCUUGCAGCUCCCGAAAAUCUCAGGGCGCCAGGGCUUUGAAAGACGACCCUGCCGCAGGUCGGACUUUACAGAGAUCGAGAUUCCCGCCAUCCUGCCCCAGUGCGCGCCAACCAACGACCUUCAAACGCCCCAAACCAACUCCUCCUAUCAGCUGUUCCCCGCCAAAGACCCGUCUCCCAUUUCUCCACCCUCCAGCAACGCAAUCCCACAGUUCCAGGAACAGACUUCACAGCCCAGAGACAAAUAUCAAUGUAAAAGUAUUGUCCAGGACUCCAUCCUGCCCGUGAAGAACCUGAGGAACUUGUAUAUGAAUCACUCAGCGAUCAUGAGGGAAAAUAACAGAAGGGAUCAACAUCAGCUCCUCCCAGAGAGGACCAAUCCAAUCCGGGCGGCCAAGCUGCCGUCCGCUUUCCCUUUCACCCCCGCUCCCUUAGGACCCUGUCAGGCCUCUGCUCCCUGGACAGUGGAUCAGCAGCCUCCCGGGCGUACAGGGGAUCACUCCCUCACUGCCUUGCAAAUUGCCAAGUCCCUCAGUGAAGUCGACUUCUUCCCCUCAGAGCUGAGAGGCCCGACCAUGACCAACCAGAGGCAAUGUUACAGAAACGGCCCCUCGAUGCAGGGAGACCGGAGUCACAGCUGGGAGAAAGAGCAGGUGUUCGUGCUCCAAGGGGCACCAGAGACCGUGCGGGAGCUUCUCACCACUCUGGGUCUUCAGAAAUACACCCUGGGACUCAGUCUCAACGGCUGGGAUGACCUGGAUUACUUCAGCGGCAUCACUGAGGAGGACCUACGGGCCGCGGGAGUGACGAACCCUUCGCACCGACGCAGGAUCCUCGAGAACCUGCCCCGGACCUGGAACUGAUGCGAUGGCGCGAAGCCUCCUUGUCUGCUCGCUUACUCCAACUGGAAGAACUGAUGGAGCUGAGAUCUGAAGAGAGGACAGACUGAUGGGACACAAUCACAACAGCUGGACUUUACCCUCAGUCCAUCUUCUCGCUCUCUCGACCCGGGGAACGUAACGCAGGAUGUUCUGCAUUCUCAAACCUAUCGUCUUAGUUGAACGCCUGCACUGAAAUGAAAAUCAGAAGAUGAAAAAUGGUUUUGUCACUCAAUUUGUUAAAAUUUAACAAAUUCUGCACAUUUUUCUUCUUUUAUUGAAAACAAAGAAUCCAUCUUUUUACCCUCCGUCAACGUCACAUGUCAACAUUGACCACAUCGGCAGUCCAGUUGCACGUAAGCUGUGUCCGGCCUAUUGUGGAGUUUUGAGUGAUGCUGUGUGCCGGGAAGCGACCUGGCAGAGAUUAGAGAGAGUGAUUGAAGGCGAGUGACGCUCUCUGCAGCAAGAGAGCGUCAGGGAGGCAGAGCUCAGUCGCUAAAGGACAGAAGGUCAGUCGAGCUGCACGUUUCUGCAAAAAAACCUGAAAUCCUUAAACUAAAUGUAACAAAACUGCAGCCAAGUUUUAAGAGGUUUCUGCCAGAAAAGCAAUUUCCUCCGAUCAGCAACCUCCAACAAAACAUAUUCAGCUCCCUCUCUAUUUGAGUAAAGUGGAUGUAUGACAAACAUAAUUUUUGGGACUCAUUCUAUGAAAAUCACUGAUAAGAAAACACAAAAUACUAUUUUUGGGGACAAACUAAACGACAAUAAUCUAAAAGAAGCCAUGUUUUUCAUUUCCAAGUCUUCAUUUCAGAGGAGGAAGAGGACGAGACGAAGGAACACGGGUUGUAACUCAUUGCACAUUCUGCUUUAUUCCACUGUCCAUCUGGACUGACAGUCAGAGGUGGGUGGAUGUGAAUGGAAAGCCUGGAUAUGUAUCUCUAAUUACUGACUCAUACACAAAUGUUUAUCAUGGCAGCAAAGACUCAUCGAUUUUGUUAUUAAUGAUUUUUAAAUGACUAUACAAAUGUAAUUCCUCAGUUUCCAGUGUUCACACGAGGCUAGUGUUUCCUGUUUACCUUCAUCCCUUCGACUGUGUGCUUUCUGAUUAUUCUGCUAUUAUUGAGCCUGGACCCGAGCUUGUACAAAGCCCUCUAUCAAACCUACGGAGCAUCAAAUCCGUAGCUGUACCUACUGGAACAUUGUCUGUAAAGUUUGUGUAGGACCGGUUGUAUUGCAUAUCGUUUACUGUCUCAUAUUGUUGCUAUCAUGUCACUUAAUCAGCACCUAUGCCCACUCUGCAUGUUUUAUGCAGCCUUUUUAAAGUAAAGUGCAUAAAGCAACUCUCGACCGUUUCCAAGCAAACUCAAGUCCUCUUCGUGUCUCCUUCACUUCACAUGUUUGCGUGUUGUUUAACAUCGCAUCUCACCGACCUGUAAACCUGACUGAUUAUCAGCAAACUCUCCCCUGAGAGAAGAGUUUCUAAAUCCAGACAAACAGCAAAGGUUUCACAAUGACAUUUUAUAAGAAGAAGAUAUGUCAUUCAUUAACUGCUGAUCUUUGCUUCAGAUGGUAUUUAUAUCCGUACUCAGAGUUCAUAUGAAACCAUAAAUCUGCUCAUGGCAAAUGUCAGAGGAUGUUUCUCGUUAUGUGGAAGUCAAGCAAAAAGGAAAGUGUCAGCAGCUAUGCAUCAUAUCAUCUAUUUUAAGUUCACUGUCUGAUUUCUCUUUUACACUUUUAACAGGAUUCAUAUUUUACAUUUUGUUUUUGUUGAUGUUACUAUAGAGUUUUUUUUCAGGCCAGUGGAUGGAGGCGUUAUGUUUUUUGAUUGUCUGUAUGUACAUUCUUCCAAAUUUGAACUUGGUGGAAGUUGUUAGUCAAGGGUCAAAGGUCACGUUGGCCUCACAAACCCUUUUUUUAAAUAGAGAAUAUCUCUGUAGUGUGGAUGACUGACCAAAUCCCAAAGCUUUUCCACUGUUCAAGGAUGUGUGUGUGUAUAUAGAAUUACAGGAGUGUGCGAUGCCUGUAAUAACCGGGAAGCCGGUAAACAAAUAUGUAUUUAUCAGAUCACUUAAAUAACAGAUCACGGCAGAGAGAGACGAGACAGCUUUCAAAUAUGAUCCUGAAAUAACA